AUGGAAAUACAAAUAGCACAGUUAGUCAAGUUGGUGUCCGAAAGACCUUGUGGUUCAUUGCCAAGCACAACGGAAAAUAACCCAAAGGAAAUCGUCAAUGCAAUAUCGGUUCAUCUGGAACUUGUUAAUGAAGAUACCAACAAAGGAUACGAAGGAAAAUCUGCCAAAGGAAAAGAGGUUUUGAAAGAUACAAACACAGAGGAAUCAAAGGCAAACACCAAAAUGGUAACAUCUCAGUACCGCGCUCAAAUUUUAUUUCCACAAAGAUUGGUGAACAUGGCCGAGCUGGAACAGCAAGGUAAAUUUAAUGAUUUGCUUAGAAAACUUCAUGUUAAUAUGCCUUUUUUGCGCACACUAAGAGAACUGCCUAGAUUGACUUGUCACCUGAAAGAGCUAGUCAAACAUAAGGAGGAGAUUCACAAUGAAUCUCGCGCCCACCUCAGUGUGGAAUGCUCAGCAGCUCUUGAAAGGGGAUGCCCCAAAAAGAAGGGUGACCCCGGUGCAUUCGUCGUGCCAUGUACAGUAAAAGAACUUUUCUUUGAGAAUGCACUUGCAGAUCUAGGUGCUUCUAUAAAUGUUAUGCCUUCGUGUGUUUUUGACAAAAUGAUUAUGCUUGCUCUAACUCCGACCCAGAUGACUGUCCAACUUGCCGAUGGAUCCACUCGGUAUCCGAGAGGCAUCGCGGAAGACGUGUUGGUUAGGAUUAAAGAUUUUGUGAUUCCUGUAGAUUUUGUAGUGCUAGAUGUAGGCCAACAGAACGAGAAUAUGCCGUUAAUCUUUAGAAAGCCAUUUUUUGCCAUAUGCCGAGCAAUAAUUGACGUAGGCGCGGGUAAGCUUACCUUGCGCAUUGAUGAUGAAGAUGCCACAUUUGGUAUGACUAUCAAAGAAGACAAUAAAAAGAAGGCGUUAAAACUAAAGAAAAAAUCGAAGACCAAAGCAAGUUGCUCAGGAAAAACUGGAAAUUUUGUCUGGAGAAAGAAAUGGGUCUGUAUGCAAUCAACCGGUUCUGAAAAUGAUUGA